AUGCAGUCACACAUAGUGCACAAGCACUUUGUGGUCAAGCCUUGGAAGUGCGCCGAGCCCACCUGCACCGUGACCUGCGCCAGAAAGGACACCCUCAAGACCCAUGUGCUGAGGGCUCAUCGCCGUGACCCUCUCCCUGCCGAGAAGGCACCUGAUGCCGCCAUCGUGGCCGCGGUCAAGGAAGAGGCCGAGAGCACCCGAAUCGUGCCUCCUGUCCAGCACGCCGCCCCUCCUCCUCCUCCUGGUCCCGCCCCUGGCCUUCGUGCCGUCGACCCUCUCUUCGGUCCCCUCUUCGACCCUCCUCUCGUCGCCCCUCCCGCCGCCACUUCCGCCACUCCUCCGGGCACCUUGGAGCAGCCCGGUUACUUCUCCUACCACGGAGUACCCUACGGCACCGGGCCCGAUAUCCCUGGUGGUCGUAGGUAG